AUGGAGCAGCCAACCACUGAAUCCACCGAGCAGGUUGCCACCACCGCUCCUACUUCAGCUGAGCCCCAGCCGGCUGAAUCGACCGAGCAGCAGCAACCGCAGGAGUCACCUGCUCAGGAAUCUGCUCCCUCUUCGGCUCCCCCCCAACCCACCCCAUCAUCAGAGACACCUGCUCAGCCGCAGGUGACCUCGGCCACCUCCGAAGCUGCUCCCAUUACCUACACGGCCGAUCCCGCCCUCGUGGCGGCCAUGCAGCUUCAGCAGCAACAGCAUCAGCAGCUGGCUAGCUUGAACAAGCCCUUUGGUGCGGUCAAGUUGUUCAUCGGCCAGCUGCCCAAGAGCAUGACCGAGCCCUACAUCGGCCCCCUGUUCGCGCCCUUUGGUAAUCUCGUUGAGGUUGCCAUCAUCCGCAAUCGCGCCACCGGCGAAUCUCGAGGCUGCGCGUUCGUUACCUACGACAAUGCCGAUUCGGCCGAGCUUGCAAUCGAAACCCUGCACAACAAGCAGACCCUCCCUGGCAUGACUAGUCCCAUUCAGGUCAAGUACGCUCACGGCGGUGGCGGCGACGCGCCCAGAUACACCCCUGCCCCCGUGCCCGAUUACGGAAUGCCCGGUAUGGAUAACAUGACCGAGUUCAAGCUGUUCAUCGGCAUGCUCCCGAGAACCGUGGGCGAGGAUGGCCUGAGGGCCAUCUUCCAGCCCUACGGCAGCAUCAUCGAGGUUGUCGUUCUGCGCGAGCCCGACGGUUCCUCGCGUGGCUGCGCUUUCGUCAAGUAUCACCGACGAGAGGACGCCGUGAACGCUAUCAACGCCUGCAACGGCCAGAUGUUCUUCCAGGGCCAAACCAAUCCCUUGACUGUCAAGUUUGCUGACGGAGGCAGAAGGAAUGCCGGAGGCGGCAUGGGCGGUAUGGGUAUGGGCGGCAUGGGCAUGGGCAUGGGCAUGGGAGGUCAGGACGCUAUGAUGGCUCAGGCUCAGCAGCUGCAGCUCCAAAUGCUCAUGGCCCAGCAGUAUGGGCAGUACGGCGGAGGAGUAGACAUGAACAUGCUGACGUCGAUGGCUAUGGGCCGUGGCACCCCCGCCCCUAGCGGCAUGAGCAACCAAGCACAGGGUCCUCCCGGCGCCAACCUGUUCAUCUACCACCUGCCCACGCACUACGGCGAUGGCGAUCUCCUCACCCUGUUCUCACCCUUCGGCCAAAUCCUCAGCGUCAAGGUCUUCCUCGACAAGAUGACCAUGGUCAGCAAGGGCUUCGGUUUUGUAAGCUACGCGUCGGCCGACUCGGCCCGUCUGGCCAUCGAGAACAUGGACGGCCUGCAGGUGGGCGAGAAGCGGCUCAAGGUCCAGCUGAAGAAGAGCCGAGGCGCUCCCUACUAA